AUGGCUUCCGGGGUUGCAGCAUGGCUGCCCUUUGCAAGGGCAGCUGCCAUCGGGUGGAUGCCAGUGGCUAACUGUCCUAUGCCACUGGCACCUGCUGACAAAAACAAAAGGCAAGAUGAGCUAAUCAUUCUCAAUGUUAGUGGGCGCCGAUUCCAGACUUGGCGAACUACUCUGGAACGAUAUCCAGAUACCCUACUUGGAAGCACAGAGAAGGACUUCUUCUUCAAUGAAGAAACCAAGGAAUAUUUCUUUGAUCGUGAUCCUGAAGUGUUCAGGUGUAUUCUAAAUUUUUACAGGACUGGCAAGCUCCACUACCCUAGGUAUGAAUGCAUCUCUGCCUAUGACGAAGAACUGGCUUUCUAUGGGAUCUUACCUGAAAUCAUAGGUGACUGUUGCUAUGAAGAAUAUAAAGACAGAAAAAGAGAAAAUGCAGAGAGGCUAAUGGAUGACAAUGAAUAUGAGAAUAGCCAAGAAGCCAUGCCCUCCCUAAACUUACGCCAGACUAUGUGGCGAGCCUUUGAAAACCCCCAUACCAGCACUUUAGCCUUAGUCUUCUACUAUGUGACUGGCUUCUUUAUUGCAGUGUCUGUGAUCACCAAUGUGGUGGAGACUGUUCCCUGUGGCACUGUGCCUGGAAAUAAGGAGCUUCCUUGUGGUGAAAGAUAUGAUGUAGCCUUCUUUUGUCUGGACACAGCCUGUGUCAUGAUUUUCACAGUUGAGUACCUCUUGAGACUUUUUGCAGCCCCAAGUCGCUACAGGUUUAUGAGAAGUGUCAUGAGUAUCAUUGAUGUAGUGGCCAUCAUGCCAUACUACAUAGGCUUGGUGAUGACCAACAAUGAGGAUGUGAGUGGCGCCUUUGUCACCCUGCGGGUUUUUCGGGUCUUCAGGAUUUUCAAAUUCUCACGUCACUCCCAGGGUUUACGGAUUCUUGGGUAUACCCUAAAGAGCUGUGCCUCUGAACUGGGAUUUCUCCUUUUCUCACUGACAAUGGCAAUCAUUAUCUUUGCCACUGUGAUGUUUUAUGCUGAAAAAGGUUCAUCAUCCAGCAAGUUCACUAGCAUUCCUGCUUCAUUUUGGUAUACCAUUGUUACCAUGACAACUCUUGGGUAA